UAUACAUUAUAUACAUAUACUGUAAUUACUUGUUUACUAAUUUGAAAACCUAAUUAUUAAGCUAUUAUUUUAAGUUGCAUAAAAUGAAUUUCUAUAAAAAUAAAAGUUGCAAUAAUUUUAUAUUAUGUGCAAUAUUCAUAUAUUGCUAUUCAUGUGAAUGCAAUGCAAUUAUAUCACCACAAAGUAUGGACCAAAAUUUGUUGGCUCACGACAAGGAUUCCCGUGUCAUCAGGGCUACCAACUCAACGAGAAAUAGUUAUAGAAAUAAGAUACUAAUAAUUACCAGUAUCCUGAGCGAACCGUAUUUGAUGGAGAAGUCGUGGGCACCGGGAGGUAUACCGACUGGGAAUGACCGGUACGAGGGUUAUUGCAAGGACUUGACCGACAGGUUGGCCGAUCUACUCGGCUUCCAGUACGAGCUACGGCUUGUGAAUGACUCCAAAUACGGUCAAAUGGAUAAGUAUGGCGUGUGGGACGGUAUGAUUGGUGAACUCGUCAGACGUGAAGUGGACAUUGCGAUCGCACCGUUGACUAUAACCUUACGUCGUAAGGGGGCCGCCGAUUUUGGCCAUCCAUUUAUGUCUGUAGGCAUAUCUAUACUCAUGAAAAAGCCGGCGCUUAUUAGUAGACCCGGAAUAUUCUCAUUCAUGUAUCCAUUGAGUCGCGAGACUUGGGUUUACAUACUGUUGUCAUAUAUCGGUGUUUGGGUAACACUGGCACUGGUUUCCCGAUUAUCUCGUAUCCGACAUCGAAAAAGAGACACGAAUUGUGAACAAUAUCAUAAUAAUUGUGACAGCUCUAUGUCAUCCAGUAUUGUAUGGACUGUUUGUGGGUUCUUCACACCUACGCUUAUACCAAUCAAUUCAGUGGAUGCUCUUAGCAAACAGACUGAUGUGGAAUACGGAUUACUAUCUGGCUCAUCCACGCAAGCUUUUUUUCAGGGCUCAAGUAUACCAACAUAUAAGAAAAUGUGGGAAUACAUGAGAACUAACCCACAGGUGUUUGUCAAUGACUACCGGGAGGGUAUCCGACGGGUCAGGGAGUCAAAUGGCAAAUAUGCCUUUUUAAUGGGUUGGAAGUCCACAUCACUUGACUACAUUAACCACCGUUUGCCGUGCGAUACCAUGAAAGUGGGCCCCAAUUUGGACGAGAAAGGCUACGGUAUCGCCACUCCAAAGGGAAGUCCGUAUGGUGCUAUACUGGAAGACGCUAUCAUUAAACUACAGGAGGACGGAGUGUUGGCUCAUUUACGGCACAAGUGGUGGUCAGACAGAAGUGAAUGCGGCCUCAAAAUGAUCAUGUUGUGUCGAUUGGAGAGAGUUUCGCAACAAUUGAUGGAUUGUGUGGGAAGUGCUCUCCAGAGGAGGAAUGCACUCACCAUUGGAUCCAUAGAUCCAAACAUUGUCUGCAAAGACUACAAACACUCACUAAUCAAUGGAGUUAUCACUCAAUCGGAUACCAAUUGCGAGUCUAUAGUAAAGAGAUGUUUGAACAUAGAGUCCCUGUAUUUGAAUGAAUGUCUUCACGACUGCAAUGGUUUGCAAACAAUUGUCACGAAUUGUCCGAAACUCAAGUGUCUCACGAUUGCCGACACAAACCCCAUAGCCUUAUAUACUCGCGAGGAAUGGCUACAAAUGGCUCAACAGUUGGCAACUAUAGGGUUAACACACCUAACGAUCGGAAAUUUAGAGCACCGGUCGGCUAAAAACACUAGCGCUAAUGACCCGGCAAAUUGGGGGGAACUGCAAUCCGAUGGCUACGGCAUCUGCACGAACGGGUAG